AUUUGAUUUAUCAGUAUAUGACUAUCAUGUUUACAUUAUGACUCUUUUCUUGGAGGGAAAAUAUUUUACUUAGGGCAAUUCAAACCUCUGAGCAGGCCCUGAUUUCAUCUUCACUGAUAGGGGUAGAUCUUCCAGUGAGAUUGGGUUCUCCUUCUCGAAUCUCAACUUAUCUCGUUCUCUUUCGGUUAUUGAUGUUUCUUCUCUCAAUUGGGCAGUGCCACUUCUGGAGAUCAGAAAAAAUCCAGAGGUAGUAGCUACGGUUUAUUCUGGUUCCUUGUCUUUGGACUUCAAUUGCCUGCUGCUUGAUCACUGUGCUCGACUGGGAAGAUAUUGCUUGUAGGGAGAGGUAAGUAUGAGAAGAUGAAGAUUUUGUUGAUUGAAUUGUCCAUUUUAUAGCUGAUAAUUCUGAUUCUACUUGGAGUGAUUAUUGACCAUGUCCCUGAUAUGGCCAAGAUUACUAACACCAUCAAAGCUCAUUCAACUCAUUAAAAUCCAGAAGAACCCCAUUCAAGCUCUUGAGAUAUUCAACCAAGCAAAAUCUAGAUUUCCCAACUAUCAUCAUAAUGGUCCUGUCUACGCCUCAAUGAUAGAAAUCCUUGGAAAUUCAGGAAGAAUAACCGAGAUGAAACAAGUCAUUUCUCAGAUGAAAGAUGAUUCCUGUGAAUGUAAAGAUUCUGUCUUUGCAAAUGUCAUUAAGCUAUAUGCAAAAUCAGGAUUACUUAAUGAAGCUGUCUCUUUAUUCAGAACCAUUCCCCAAUUUAACUGUGUGAAAUGGACCCAUUCUUUCAAUACCCUCUUACAAAUAUUAGUCAAAGAAUCUCAAAUAAAGACUUCAUAUCAUCUCUUCCUAAAGAAUUCAGGCGAUUGGAGUGUUAAAUCCCAAUUAACUUCCUUAAACCUGCUAAUCGAAGUCCUCUGCCAGAAUAAUCGCUCUGAUCUUGCUUUACAAAUCUUCCAAGAAAUGAGUCAUCAAUGUUGUUACCCAAACAACGAUACUUACUUGAUUUUAAUGCGAGGGCUAUGUCGAGACGGGAGGCUUAGCGAUGCCACCCAUCUUUUAUACUCAAUGUUUUGGCGAAUCUCGAUAAAGGGAAGUGGCGAAGAUGUUGUAGUCUAUAGGACACUGUUAGAUGCUUUAUGCGAUUAUGGAGAGGUUCAAAGAGCUGUAGACAUUCUAAAUAAGAUUUUGAAGAAAGGUCUAAAGUCUCGUACACGAUAUAGAAACCACCUAGAUAUUCACGAUUGCGACAACAUUGUUGGUGCUAAGAUGUUGAUCCACGAAACUUUAGUCAAAGGUCUUAUUCCCAGUUCAGGUUCCUACACUGCAUUGGCUACUGGUCUCUAUUCAGAAGGCAUGAUAGCCGAAGCUGACAAAGUGAUACAUGAAAUGAAGAUCAAUGGAUUUCAACCGACGAUUUCGAUUUACGAAGCUAGAUUAGCAUCUCUAUGCAGAGAAGGGAGGAUUGAUGAAGCUGAGCAACUCAUUGAAAAUGAUCUGGCAGGGGAUUGUCAUGUUCCGACAGUUGGAUUAUACAAAGUUCUAAUCGAGAGCAUGUGUAAACAGAGAAAAUCUGCUUUGGCUGUCAAGUUGUUGGAGAAAAUGCGAUUAAAAGGAGGAGCAGACAUGGAGACCUACACUAUCGUUGUUGAUGGUUUAUGUAAAGAUGGAAAUUUUGUUGAUGCAAGUAAAAUUCUUCAGAAAAUGUUGGGGAAAUCAUGUUGGCACAAGACCAGUACUCAUGUUCCUUAUGAUAUACUUAUUCAGGGUCUUUGUUCAAUUGGAAGACAAUUUGAGGCCAUCUUGUGGAUGCAGGAAAUGGUUAGCCAGGGAAAGACUCCCGAUUCUUCUGUCUGGAAGCAUUUGCUGACUUCUAUUUGUUCUAAUAUGGCGGAUAUUGAUCUUGCUUAUGAAAUAGUUGAACAACUGAGGAGAUCUUAAUGAAUCACUUUGACAAGAAGGUUCGUCGAUGCAAUGAAACUUCUCGAUCAAGUUCAAAAGCUGAAGAAGUGUGUAUCGGCCAGGCUUGUUUUCCAGAGAAUGGUUCAAAUCCUAUUAAUGUUUAUAUGUUCAUCGAUGCAAUGGAACUUCUCGAUCAAAUUCAAAAGCUGAUUCGAGUGUGUUUGUAUAUGCUGUAACAUAUUUUUUGCACACUUAUUUAUGGAUUUAGUAAACAGAACAAUUUUGCAGUUGGAAAAUACAAGUUUAUUGUAUGAUGUUUAUUAAUGUA